ACAAAUAACUUCCUCAUAUGUAAGGUAUAUCAAAAAGUUGACAAAAGUUUAGAUAUGAGUUUGUUAAAGCAUUGAUUGCUCAAUAUUUGCUAGUAAGAGAACAUUGCAAAUGACUAGUUACCGAAUUUUCCUGUUUCUACUAUCCUUUCCACUGGCAGACUGUCAAGAUGAUCCCCCAGAACUCGAACUUCCACCGUUUGAUGGCUGGUUUAAUAAUUUAGUACAUCCUGACUGGGGAGGAAUUGAUGGCCAACUUCUAAGAAGAUCUGUACCGAAGUAUGCUGAUGGAGUUUACCAUCCAUCCGGCCCAGACAGACCCAAUCCUUUUGAACUCAGUAAGGCAGCACACCACGGAGAAGCCGGAUUGGGUUCUCAGAGAUUUAGAAAUGCUUUGCUCGUAUUUUUUGGCCAACAAAUAGUAGAAGAGAUCUUGGACUCUCAACGACCAGGUUGUCCAAUAGAAUAUUUCAACAUUCCAGUACCUAAAGAUCAUCCCUUUUUACAAGGAAAGGAGAGUUUAGAAAUGCCAUUUCCAAGAACAAGAUACGAUUCUAGAACUGGAUAUUCGCCAAAUAACCCGAGACAACAGCUUAAUGAAAUCUCACCAUAUAUUGACGGAACAUUGAUGUAUGGACCGGGAAAGGCAUGGACUGAUGCUAUUAGGGAAUUUAAAGGUGGACGAUUGAAAGCGAGGGAUCCAAGUGUUGCUAUUAAUGCCAGCUUUCCAGCAGAUAAUAACAUUCGUCUUCCCUUUGCCAAUCCUCCAGCUCCAAGGGAUCACUUCCUAAGACCUGUCAACCGAUUUUGGAGAAUUGGAAAUCCACGUGGUUUUGAGAAUCCCUUUCUCCUUACUUUCGGUGUUUUAUUUUUCCGAUGGCAUAAUUAUGUUGCCAAAGAACUUGAAAUGACAAACAGAAAUAAUCCCAAAUGGAACGAUGAAGCACUAUUUAAUGAAGCUAGGAGACUAGUGAUAGCUCACCAUCAGAAAAUUAUCAUGUAUGAUUGGUUACCAAGAUGGCUUCAAAUAGAAAACGCAACAGACAACAACACCUUUUUCAAAGUUCCAAAGUAUUAUAGAGAUCCGUCAGAACCUUGCGGAGAACAGUUUUGCUUCAAUGGUUACAGUUCAGAAAUACAUCCUGGUAUUACCCAGGAAUUCCAAACUGCUGCCAUGAGAUGGGGACAUACGGUAGUUACACCGGGCAUCUGGACUAGAGAUGCUAAUUGUCAUUACCCGAAUAAUCGCACAGUAUCUUCUCCAACAUCGCAUAAAGUUCAUGCCAUCAGACUGUGUAAUGCUUACUGGGUUGGUCAGGAAACAGUUAAGCCUAAUAUAGAUGGACUUAUACGUGGGAUGACUUCUACAAUAAGCGAACAGGAAGAUCAUAUUUUAGUUCCUGAUUUGAGAGAACAUUUAUUUGGAACAUUGGAUUUUUCUCGACGCGACCUUGCAGCUUUAAAUAUACAGAGAGCUCGAGAUCAUGGUCUUCCUGGAUAUAACGACAUCAGACAGGCAUAUGGAUUACCCCGUGUGGACUGGAACGGAAUCAACAACCAAACUGUUAAUGGUGGAAAAAUCAACCAAAGCAUAAUCGAUGCAAUUGAAAGAGUACGGAAUUUAUAUGGAAACAGUUCAGCCCCUGACGAGCUUGAUCUGUUUGUUGGAGGGAUGUUAGAAACAACAUUUGAUGGACCAGGGCCAUUGUUCAGAAACAUUCUUCUUGAACAGUUCUUACGCAUUCGACAUGGGGAUAGGUUUUGGUAUGAAAAUACAGAUGAAAGAUUUCGCCAGUUUGAUGACAAAAAGAUUGCGGAAAUAAACAACGUAACUUUGAGAGACAUCAUCCUGAAAGUGACUAAAAUACAAAGUAAUGAACUUCCAAGUGACGUUUUUCUUAGUUUUGAUGAUCCUUGUCCGCAACCAGCACAACUCAAGGCAGACUCAAACCAGAUGUUUAAUUCGACAGUUACUAUUGAAAACUGCACCAGACUACAACACUAUGAUUAUUUCUCUGGAAGUGAAAUUUCUUUUCCUUUAACAUUUGUUUUUCUCGGACUAUGUGUUCCUGCCACUGUCGGGAUAAUGUUGUAUCUAAACGAAAGAAAAAAGAAAGAAAUUGCUGAAGCAAGAAAAAGACUUGCACCAAAACGACAAAAAACUGCUGAUCCAAAUACAUUUACAGUUGUUGAAUGGGUUGGACCUAAAAACGGAGAGAGAACAGAUAAAAUAGUAUUUGACAAAGAGAGAAAGAAGAUUCAUGUAAAUGACUUACGUAGAAAACCACUCAGGAUGCUCGAUUUUAGGCGUAUCGAGGGAACUGCUCAGAAGGUUCAUUUCAGAAUAUCAAAUGAUCACGAAAAUAACAUGCUUUCUGUGAGGUUACCAGGAGAAAUAGAUUUGAUUCUCAAAUUUAAUGACAUGGAAGAAAGAGGGGGAUUUAUGAUGGCAUUGGAAGGAUUUUUAAGAGACCUACAAAUCAGUCGUGAAAAACAUCAGUUCACAGAAAAGACCAUAAUGGAUGGUGCUAAUACAAAAGAGAAAAGACAAGAACUGUUAGACACAUUCUUCCGUGUUGUCUGCUUACAGGGUUUUAAACAUACAAGAUCUAACUUAGACAUGGGUCAUAACUUACAACUAGAAGAAUUGAACAAGAUUAGAAACAUUCAACUGACACGUACUGAAUUUUCUGAAGCACUUGGCCUGAAACCUACAUCAGUGUUUGUACGAAACAUGUUUCUUAUGGUAGAUAAAGACAAAAAUGGAUUUGUUGGAUUUGAGGAGUUUCUGGAUCUCUUUCAGAUUUUAGCAGCUGGUGACGCCGAAGAAAAAGCACAGAUGAUUUUCAACAUGUAUGACAUUAAGAAGCAAGGGCAUCUCACAAGACAAGAUUUCAGCAAAAUGUUAAAGUCGCUUCUUGACCUGUCAGACACGUCCAUCGACCAGAAAGAUCUUAAUAAUUUGAUAGAUACUAUGUAUUCAUCAGCUGGUUUGUCACCAGCUGAAAAGAUUGGAUUUGAGAGUUUCAAGAAGAUUUUUGCCUCUGAGGAAUAUGGUAGCACUCUUCAAAAUGCUACAUUAAAUAUAACAUCUGAUGCAGUUGGAGAUCUGAAACAAAAUAAAUCAGCAAAAUUUGAACAGAGACGAAAGACAUUCGUAAAGAGCUACAGAACUUUAGAUAGGAAAGCAGACAACAGAAAAACUAAAGUGCGUGUGACUACAAAAGAGAAAGAAUUUCCAGAAACAAAACUGAGACAAAAGUGGUUUGAGUUUAUAAGCUAUGUGGAAAACUACAGAUUACAAAUAUUCUGGGUGACAUUAUACUCUUUAGUUACAGUUGGAAUAUUCGUAGAGAGAUCAUAUUAUUAUUCCGUGGACAGAGAACAUGGUGGACUACGACGAAUUGCUGGAUAUGGUGUAACAAUAACACGUGGUGCUGCCAGUGUUAUGAUGUGGGCAUAUUCUUGUUUGCUGGUAACAAUGAGCAGAAAUACUAUCACAUUUCUCAGAGAAACCUUUCUACAUAAGUUUAUUCCCUUUGACUCUGCAAUUGCUAUGCAUAAGUUCAUUGCAGCAUUAGCUCUUGUUUUCACUGUUGUACAUUGUGUUGGACAUGGAAUAAAUCUGUAUCAUAUCACUACACAACCAUCAUCUGAUGCUAACUGUUAUUUUAGGGAAUAUUUCAGGGCUACAAACGUGCUUGCAUCUUUCCACUACUGGGCAUUCCAGACAAUAACAGGAAUGACUGGGAUUAUUCUGACUUUGAUUGUUAUAGUGAUGUAUGUGUUCGCGAUGCCAUUUGUCAGACGUAACUUGUUCAGAGCGUUUUGGAUAACUCAUAGUUUUUAUAUCUUACUAUACAUUUUUCUUAUAAUGCAUGGUCUUGGAAGACUGGUGCAGAGUCCACUUACUCAUUAUUAUCUCUUAGGACCAUUAAUACUGUUUGUUUUGGACAAGCUAUUCAGUUUAUCACGGAAUCAGAUACUGAUUGAAGUAAAACAGGCAGAGCUUCUACCCUCUGAGGUGACGGCACUGAAAUUCAAAAGACCGUUGAAUUUUGAGUACAAAUCUGGACAGUGGGUGCGAAUAGCUUGUAUAAAGUUAGGCGAUUCGGAAUAUCAUCCAUUUACUCUUACAUCUGCUCCACAUGAGGACUUCUUGAGUCUACAUAUCAGAGCUGUAGGACCGUGGACAACGAAUCUCAGAAGAGUGUAUGAUGCAAAUCAAAUAGAAGAGGGAGACAAAUAUCCACCUUUAUAUGUUGAUGGUCCAUUCGGCGAAGGUCAUCAAGAUUGGUAUAAAUAUCCCGUUGCUGUAUUAGUUGGUGGUGGCAUUGGCGUCACACCUUUUGCAUCAAUUCUUAAAGACAUUGUUUAUAGAUCUAAAUCUCCUGUAAAAUUUCCAUGUCAAAAGGUCUAUUUCAUUUGGGUAACCCGAUCUCAAAAGCAAUUUGAAUGGUUGACAGACGUGAUUCGUGAAGUUGAGACCAACGAUACAAAUAACCUGGUGGCUACACACAUAUUUAUCACUCAGUUUCAGCAAAAAUUUGAUUUGAGAACCACUAUGCUGUACAUAUGUGAGCGUCAUUUCCAAAAGAUUGCAGGGAAAAGUUUGUUUACUGGAUUGGAGGCAAAGACACAUUUUGGAAGACCAAACUUUCAAGACUUCCUGCAGUCACUGAAAUAUGAACAUCCAAAUGUUAAGCAAGUAGGAGUUUUCAGCUGUGGCCCUCCACCAAUGACGUUACAAGUCGAGAAAGCUAAAACUGCAGUUAACAAGCUACAAGGAUUCCCCACGUAUUCACAUCAUUUUGAGAACUUUUGAUACAUCAAAAAGAAAUAUAAACGUGUGGUAUAUCUUCAUGCAAACAUUUUGUUACUGCAAUAAUUAUCCCGGUCCCAUAUCAUAACAUGUAUGCAUAUUCCUUUGUUGUUCUCAAAUACACUUAAGAUUUGUACUAACUGCAAGUAUUCAAUAGUAGAACUAAAUUAUACAACAUACAAUAUGUACAGGCAUACACUCAACUGUUGUUGAACAUGUUCAGUCUUAGUUGGUAUGGCUUAAAAAUAUUCUUCAUCAAAUGUUGUUGUGUUUAAUUGUUUUAUUGUAAACAUCUUGUCAUUUAUAUUGCAAAAAGCCAAAUUUUGGAAAUUACUCAUAAAAUAAAAUAUCUGUCCCAUUUUACAAAUAUUCGCAAUGAGUAUGCGAUAAAAACUGACCUUUUAUAAAUGGACUGUUCUUCAAAAACACGCCACGAUAUAAAAGAAACUGUACAUUUUAUACACGUGCAGCGUAUCUCUUAUUAUAUUCAUCUUGAAGCUUAUACAUAAAAUGUCUCAAAAGCAUUCAUUCAACAUCUAUCAUUCUAUAUGGUUAAAACUUAGAAUUUAUAUUCUCAAAAUCAAAUUUGAAAAUAAUCUCGUCGUGUUUAUAAGAAUAUUGGCAUAUAUAUCAGUAGUCAAUAUAGUUCAUGAUCAUAAAAAAGUCCUAUUAACAUCAUGUUAUUUACAGUUGAUUUUCUGAUAUUCUUUAAAACAGCUGAAAAAGGCUUACAAUACCAAAUGAACAAAAAAACUCCCAGUUAUGCCACUGUAAAAUCAGAAAAGUUGAAGUGCAUUUUUGUUUUGGAAAUUAGAUUAAAUGGAGAAAAAAAGUAUGGUAUUUAAAUUCUUUUUAUCAACCCCUGUCAGAAAGAAAUUUACUCGAUAUUUUGAAGUAAAUAAAAUAUUAAAAGAGUCGUUAUAAUGGCUAAUUAUAUGUCUACAUACAUAGCAGAUAAUAUCUUCAUUUUGUAUUUAGAAAAAUGAGUGAACAAGAAAGUAGAAUUAAUGUAUCCAAUGCCGAAUGAAUAAUUCCGAUCUUGUAACCAAACCUUCUAAAUAUACAACUUAAUUCAUAGGAUAGCUAUCAAUCUAAAAAGAAAGGGAUCAAUUAUGUGGUUAAAUAUUAAUACCUAGAUAAUACAAACAGAAGAAAAGGUUUAUUUUUUCACUUUAUUCACAUACUUUUUAGUGCUUGUCUAUAGAGUUAAUAAGAUAUCAAUUUUUUUGCAAAAAUUAGUAAUUUACUUAUAUACAUUUAGUUUUAUAAUAAAUAAUACAAAAAUCAGCUAUGUACUGUGGAUUCAUUAAUGUUCGUUGAAUACAAAUUUUCUUGGAUUUCGUGGGUAAAGGAAACUACGAAUUUAAAUGUUCAACGAAUUACUAGUGUUCUUAAGGAAUGAUACAGACUUUGUCAAAUCCAUGAAAUUGAAUAUCGACGAAUAUGCAAGUUUUCCUAAAACCACGAAAAUUGGUAUCCACGAAAAUAAACGAAUCCACAUUAGAUAAUAAAAUAUUAGCAUCAUUGAUCUAAAAUUUUCAUCCUCGACGGUACUUAUCAGGAUAUGUAAGUCAGGAAUGGUACAACGGGGUAGUGUGCUAUAACGUUAUUGUUGUGCAUAAACUACUUACUCCCUUUACGCAUUUAGCUUUGCUCUCAAUGUCUUUAUAAAGGGCUUUUCCAGAUCUUCUCUGUAUUCCGUGAAGGAUGAAAACGUUAGAACAACGAUGAUAAAAAUUUGACUAUCUACUUACAUUUUUUUUGCAGAUUUUUUUUUAUGAAUAAACGAAGCUGUAUACAACUUUUAACCUGUAAUUAAUAUAUAUGUAUAUAAAAAAUCAUUAUUUUUAUUUUAGUUUAUUAUAUUCAUGAAUGUUCUUUUUAUAAAUAUACGCAUUAUUAACGGUAUUCAUUGAUAAUAAACUCAUCAUAUAUAUAGUAUUCAUCAUAAAUUUGCUAUUGUAACCAUGUUUAAAAAAAUAAAAUAACGAUCAUUAUGGUAAGUCACUUUACAUUAUCCGCAGCCUGUAUAAAUAAAAUUAGAAAUAUGUUUUAA